AUGGCAGCACCCACCACAACGCCCGCCCCAAAACUCACUCCCGCCUUCUGCUUCAACCAGACCGCUCUACAGGACUUCCUCCGUAUAUCCCGCAGCGCCGUCGACGACACAAUCUCCCAAAACCUCAACGCCCUACUCUCCCCCAGCAAGGACGCCUGGGACCCACACAACACAUCCCGCUCUCCCUCACGCCCAGUCGGCAAACGCGCAAUUUCCACAGAAGCGUGCGCGACCUUCAAGAAGAACGUCCUGUUUCCUUCCUGGCAAGCCCGUAGCGAUGUACUCGCUUACUGCGCGGGUGUAGCCACAUCACCAGACCCGAACGAUCCAGAUCACAUGUUGCGUCAGGUGGAAGACAUGAGAGCGAGGGAAAGAGUGGUGAACGAGAGGUUGGAUCCGUAUAGUGGGAGAUACUUUCCUAGGGAAGUGAGGACGGAGGCAUUGGCUGCGUUGGUGAGGAGUGAGUUGAUGGUCGAAAGUAUUGUACGUUCCAGGACAUGGGGCUUGGUCAGGGAAAGAUGCUAUGACGAUGAAUAUGAAGGUGAAAAGGCAUUGGACAAGUGGCGGCGAGAGAAGAGUGCGAGUGCAAGUGCCACUCCUACAUUGUUACAAGAUGAUUUGGUCGAGACAUAG